CUGGUGCCAACAGAAAAGAUAUAAAACAUUAUAACAAAUAACUACUUACUCAUACUACAUUUAUCUAUCCUAUUUACACAAUGUCUUCCUUCGUCGAUGAGAUCGAGUACAAGCUCGAGAAUGUCAAUGCUACGGCCGUCGCCUCGGGGGACAUCGACAAGACAUUCCGAUCUAGCUCUAUUGAUCUCAUCUCUGCUACUCUAGGCGGUAAGAUCCUUGCCUUCUCAGACCAGUGGUUUGCCGAAGCAGCGAAUCUUCUGACCCCCACUCCUCCCAUCAGCCAACCCGGAAAGAUGGUCUUUACCGGUGCUUGGUAUGAUGGUUGGGAAACUAGACGCCACAACUCCGAAUCUUUCGACUGGGUGAUCAUCCGCCUCGGUGUUGCAUCUGGUACGGUGGAAGGCGUUGAGGUCGACACGGCCUUCUUUACGGGCAACUAUGCUCCCGCCAUCUCUGUUGAAGGCUGCUUCAGUGACAACGAAGAUCAAGUGGUCUCCUGGCAGGGCGGUCGUGGAAACUGGGAACCCAUCCUUAGCACCCGCGAGUGCGGGCCGUCUCAGCGCUUUGGUUGGAAGCUUGACCAGCCAUCGAACAAGCAAUACACCCACGUCCGACUUAACAUGUAUCCCGACGGAGGCAUUGCUCGAUUCCGCCUAUUUGGUCACGCCGUGCCUGUUUUCCCCGAGGAUAAGAGCGUCAUCUUUGACUUAGCCGCCGCUCAAAAUGGUGGAGUUGCCACCUCCUGCAGCGACCAGCACUUUGGCACCAAAGACAACCUCAUCCUACCUGGACGUGGAAAGGACAUGGGCGAUGGCUGGGAGACAGCCCGUUCACGAGGCAAAGACCACAUCGAUUGGACUAUUAUCAAGCUAGGUGCUCCUGGAUAUAUUGAAAAGUUUGUGGUUGAUACUGCUCACUUUAGAGGAAACUUCCCCCAGAAAAUCGCCAUUCAAGCCAUCGAAUGGAAGGGCGACGCCGACCCCGACGCUUCAGCAGAGGGCUGGAAGGAGGUUGUGGCUCCUAGCAAAACCAGUGCUGACAAGGAACACGACUUUGCAAACGCCUCUACAGACUCGGUAUUCACUCAUAUUAAGCUGAUUAUGAUUCCAGAUGGCGGUGUUAAGCGAGUUCGCGCCUUUGGUCGACGCGCUGCUUAAGCUUGUGCGCAGUGGGAAGUGUGUCCAGCGAUGGUGUCUAGCAAAUCUAUGAACUUUAAUGGAAAGCGAUGAUGAAAAAUAAGAAACAAUAAUCGAUGGUAAAAAUACCCACAAGAUAAAUUUAUUAUUCAUACUACCAAUACAAUUUUUUAAAAUAAAAAAUAGUCAUCUCUCUAG